AUGAAAGACAAGGAUCUGGAGAAGGAGAUCGCUGAGCUGCAGAAGCAGCGGGCGCUCGAGGAGGGCCGCCUGGCCUCCUUCGGCACCGCCUCGGGCGACUUCGACAACGACCUCUACGGCGGAACCUCAUCCCGAGGUGCCUACGCGACGUCGAUCAGCGUCGGCGGCGAUGACGAUGAAGACGACUACGGCCACAUGUCCGAAGCCGCCAGCUCCAUCCGAAAGUUGACGGGUCGCUACACCGCGCCCAAGAGCGUGUACAGGGACAUCCCCAAGAACGACGACGAAGAGGCCGACCCGUUCGCAGAGUAUAGGAAGAGCAGGAUCUCGGACCGGGAGGACGACUACAAGAAGCGCCGCCUGCAGCGCCAGCUCUCCACCACCGGCUCCUCCUACCGCGACCGCAUGAUCGAAACCGCACUCGAGCGCGAACACGAC